CCAUGUUGGCGGAAGCGUUGCCUCUUGUCCUGUGGAAACUGGCUGUGCCUGUGGUCGUGACCGUGUCUGUCUUCGCAGCCUUCUGCUUCUUCGCCUUGUUUGGGUCUCGGCGCUGAGAGGCAGUGGCCGGCGGCCGGCAGGAUGGAGAAAAGUAGAAUGAACCUGCCCAUGGGGCCCGACACCCUCUGCUUCGACAAGGAUGAGUUUAUGAAGGAAGAUUUCGAUGUUGAUCAUUUUGUGUCUGACUGUAGGAAGCGGGUCCAGUUGGAAGAACUUAGAGAUGAUCUGGAACUCUACUAUAAACUACUUAAAACCGCUAUGGUUGAACUCAUCAACAAGGAUUAUGCAGACUUUGUCAACCUUUCAACAAACUUGGUUGGUAUGGACAAAGCCCUCAACCAGCUUUCUGUGCCUUUGGGACAAUUACGAGAAGAGGUUCUGAGUCUUAGAUCAUCAGUCAGCGAAGGAAUUCGAGCAGUAGAUGAACAAAUGUCUAAACAAGAGGACAUUAGGGAAAAAAAGAUGUGUGUGUUAAGGCUUAUACAAGUUAUUCGAUCAGUUGAGAAAAUUGAAAAAAUAUUAAGUUUUCAAAAUUCUAAAGAAACAUCUGCACUAGAAAUAAGCAGCCCACUUAUGACUGGACAAGUUUUGGAGAGAAUAGCCACAGAAUUUAACCAAUUGCAGUUUCAUGCUGUUCAAAGCAAAGGCAUGCCUCUUUUGGACAAAGUAAGACCACGAAUAGCUAGCAUUACAGCCAUGUUACAACAGUCACUGGAAGGUCUCCUAUUAGAAGGCCUUCAGACUUCCAGUGUUGAUAUAAUACAUCACUGCUUGCGGACUUACGCAACAAUUGACAAGACACGUGAUGCAGAGAUAUUAGUUGGUCAAGUACUAGUGAAGCCAUAUGUAAAUGAGGUGAUUGUGGAAGACCUUGUUCAGUCUCAUCCAAAUGGCCUUCAGAUCAUGUAUAAUAAACUUCUGGAGUUUGUUCCUCACCAUUGCCGCCUUCUUCAAGAAGUUACAGGAGGAGUCAUCUCAAGUGAAAAGGGCAACACUGUUCCUGGAUAUGAUUUUUUGGUGAAUUCCGUCUGGCCAGAAAUAGUACGAGGAUUAGAAGAAAACUUGCCCUCACUUUUUAAUCCUGGGAAUCCUGAUGCAUUUCAUGAGAAGUAUACCAUAAGUAUGGAUUUUGUAAGAAGAUUUGAACGGCAAUGUGGAUCACAAGCCAGUGUGAAAAGAUUAAGAGCACAUCCUACCUAUCACAGUUUCAAUAAUAAAUGGAAUUUGCCUGUUUAUUUUCAAAUAAGAUUUAGGGAAAUAGCAGGAUCCUUGGAAACAGCACUUACAGAUGCACUGGAAGAUGCUCCAGCUGGAAGUUCGUAUUGCCUUUUGGCUUCUCACAGAACAUGGAGCAGCCUUAGGAAGUGUUGGUCAGAUGAGAUGUUUUUACCAUUGCUAGUGCAUCGUCUGUGGAAACUCACACUUCAGAUUUUGUCAAGGUACUCCAUGUUUGUCCAUGAGCUUUUACUCAGGCCCAUCUCUAACGAAAGUGCCAAGGAUGUCAAAAAACCUUUGGUAACUGGUAGCAAAGACCCUUCCAGUACCCAAGGAAAUAAUGAAGAUCUAGGAAGUAGUUCUUCUGAAACAAAGCCUGUAGUUUUCAUUUCUAGUACCCAACUUGUAUAUGUGGUUGCAGACCUAGACAAGCUUCAGGAGCAGCUUCCAGAAUUCUUGGAAACAAUCAAGCCAAAACUUGAAAUGGUUGGCUUUAAGAAUUUUUCUUCUAUCUCAGCAGCCCUUGAGGACUCCCAGAUUUCUUUAUCAGCCUGUAUGCCUUCUUUGAAUAACAAGAUCAUCCAACAGUUAAGUGAUUCUUGUUUCAGUUACCUGAAAAGUGCCCUGGAAGUUCCAAGGCUUUACCGAAGAACCAAUAAGGAGGUCCCAACUAAAGCUUCCUCUUAUGUGGACAGUGCUUUGAAGCCAUUUUACCAGCUUCAGAGUGAACACAAAGAUAAGCUCAAACAAGCAAUAAUUCAUCAAUGGUUAAAAGGAGCUCUUUCGGAGAGUACUCAUAAGUACUAUGAAACUGUGUCAGAUGUACUGAACUCAGUGAAGAAAAUGGAAGAGAGUCUGAAAAGGCUAAAACAAGCUAGAAAAACCACUCCAGCCAACCCUGUGGGCGCCAAUGGUGGCAUGAGUGAUGAUGACAAAAUCAGGCUACAGUUGGCCUUAGAUGUUGAGUACUUGGGAGAGCAGAUACAAAAGAUGGGCCUGCAAACAAGUGACAUAAAAAGCUUUCCAGCUCUCCUGGAGCUUGUUGUUGCUGCCAAGGACCAGGCAACAGCAGAACAACCUUAAGCUUCUUGGAAGAACCAGAAGGGAGAGAAAAGUUGGACUAGCCUAAAGGGGAGGAUGUGGCUCUGUUCUCUUCCCAAGUCUAUGUAGCAAAGCAGUGCUUCCAGUGCAUCUACAGCAACACGUCAAUGCAUCUUCUCUCAGCAUAUUUGGGUCUUUCACC